AUGUCGACAACUGGUGGUACCAUCCGUAGCCGGACCAUGGGUCGGGGCCAGCUCCCCUUUGACCCUAACUCAUCGGCCAUCCCUCGAAAGGUCGAAUUGCCAAUUCCUCCAAAUGUCUCUUCCGACGUGGGAGCAAGCUCUACAUUAAGCUCGAGCAGACAGAAGCAAUCUAAACGUGAUGAGGCCAUUAGGAAGAAGAUGGAGGCGGACCUCAGCAAGAAGAAGUUUAACCCUUCAAAGGCACGGCACACCCGGAAGGCUCCUCCAGGCACCGUUCUCGCCCUGAAGCCUAGCCAAGCUUUACAGAUCAAGCCAAACACCACCGUUUCCGAGGCUGCGCGAUUGAUGGCCGCGAAGAGGGAGGACUGCGUUCUUGUGACGGACGAUGACGACCGUAUUGCCGGUAUUUUCACCGCAAAGGAUUUGGCAUACCGAGUUGUCGGUGCUGGCAUUCGCGCCAGGGAUGUGACAAUUGCCGAAAUCAUGACGAAGAACCCGCUCUGUGCCCGAACUGAUACGAGCGCCACCGAUGCUCUCGACCUCAUGGUUCGCAAAGGAUUCCGACAUCUCCCUGUCAUGGAUGAGAACCAAGACAUUUCCGGUAUUCUAGAUAUCACCAAAUGUUUUUAUGAUGCGAUGGAGAAGCUUGAACGUGCAUACAGCUCCUCCCGCAAAUUAUAUGACGCUCUCGAGGGUGUCCAGUCUGAGCUAGGCUCUUCUCAACCCCAGCAAAUUAUACAGUACGUGGAGGCAUUAAGAUCGAAAAUGUCCGGGCCAACGCUCGAGUCUGUGCUUAAUGGAUUGCCCCCUACUACUGUGUCCGUGCGCACAUCCGUCAAGGAGGCUGCUGCGUUGAUGAAGGAGAACCAUACGACUGCGCUCUUGGUCCAAGACCAAGGAUCGAUCACCGGUAUCUUUACUAGCAAGGACGUCGUCCUCAGAGUUAUCGCCCCCGGCCUUGACCCAACCACCUGUAGCGUUGUCCGGGUCAUGACUCCCCACCCGGACUUUGCUCCUACGGACAUGAGCAUCCAGGCUGCUCUCAGAAAGAUGCACGAUGGACACUACCUCAACCUUCCAGUUAUGAACGAAGCUGGUGAGAUUGUGGGAAUGGUUGACGUCCUCAAGUUGACCUAUGCUACGCUGGAACAGAUCAACACGAUCCAAACCAACGAAAGCGAGGGCCCUGCCUGGAACAAGUUCUGGCUUUCGAUGGACAACGAGUCAGAUUCGAUGGUAUCUGGCAGUCAGCCAUCGCACCCUCACCGAUCCCUGUUGAGCCCAGACCACAGAGGCCACACCGUUGAUAGCGUUCUUCCCAACGACUCCGCCUCUCAUCACGGAGGGGAAGAUGCGCCUGUCUCUGAAAUACAGGAACGUCAACCGGUAGAAGAGAAAGUUGAUCCUUCUUUCCCAUUCAAAUUCAAGGCCCCAAGCGGUCGUGUUCACCGCCUCCACGUUGACCCAUCCGCUGGCAUUGCGGAACUGGUCCAGAACGUGGCGUCCAAACUUGGAGCCGAGGUCGAGAGCAUCGGCGGCCUAGCUGUCGUUGAGGAUGGAAAGCUAAGCAACACCGGAUUCGCCAUGAGUUACUUGGACAGUGAGGGAGACACCGUUUCCAUCACCGCUGACCAAGAUCUUGUCGAUGCUAUUACAAUUGCACGCAAGGCAAACCGAGACAAGGUUGACCUAUUUGUCCACAGCCCGGACUCUACGCCAGUGCUUACCAAGGAGCCCGAGCCAGUAGCCGCAGCCAAGGCCGUCUCCCCGCCUGAGUCUGUCACCGUUGCGGCCGAGGAAGAGAACGCCCAUAGGGAAGAAUUCGCCAGUAGACCCAGGACCCUGACUCAGUCUCAAGUCCAGCCGUCGACUGACCAACAGCUCAUCAACGGUAUUCCGAACGAGCUCAUCCUACCCGGUGCUAUUGUCACUCUUGCUGCCGUCAUUGUCGGUGUCUUUGUGUUGAGCCGCGCAGGUAGACGAUAG